ACAGAGAGAGGGAUGGAGGGAUAAUGGGAUAACGGGAUGGAGGGAUAACGGGAGAGAGGGAGAGAGGGAUGGAGGGAUAAUGGGCUAAAGGGAUAACGGGAGAGAGGGUUAGAGGGAGAGCAGGAUAAUGGGAUAAUGGUAUAGUGGAAUAACGGGAUAACAGGAGAGCAGGAUAAUGGGAUAACGGGAGAGCAGGGCUGGGAAUUCUGCCCUGGGAUAACGGGAUAGGGGGAUAACGGGAGAGCUGAGGGGGAUAACGGGGAGUAUCAGGUGGAAUAAGGAGGGAAAUGCAGGAAGGGAAUGCUGAGGGUGGGAUAACGGGACAGGGAAUGCUGAGAAUGGGAUAACGGGACAGGGAAUGCUGCAGGGCAGGAUAACAGGAAUGCAGCAGGGUGGGAUAACGGGACAGGGAAUGCUGAGGGCAGGAUAAGAAGGGACAAAAUCCUGUCCAAAAUCCCAUCCAGCCCUGCCCUGUGGCACUGGGAGCCAUUCCCUGUGUCCUCUGUCUCCCUUUUCCAAAGCCAGGAUGGAAGAUCCGGUCUCCACCUGCUUUGGAAUUGCUUUGGACAACAAAGCACGAUGGAGCCUUCUGUGCACGGGAGGAGUUUGGGGAGUUGGGAGCAGCGCCCUGGAAAUUGUGUAAAUCCCACUGGGAACGGGGAUGGUGGGAAAGAUUUCUUACACCUGCAGAGGGCAAAACUCACCUGGGGUUUCCCCUCUCCGGCUGAACGGAGGGGUGGGAUUGCACACAGCAUUUUUAAAGAGGAUUUGAAGGCUCCCUGCCUGCAGCAGGGGGUGGAACGAGGAGAGCUGCAAGGUCCCUUCCGACCCUGGCAUUCCAUGGUUUUGGAGGAUGUGUAGGGGGACAGUUGUGCUUUGGCCACACGUAGGGAUGUACAGAACUUCCCAUCCCUCCAACACCCGCUGCCUGUCACUGCCUUUCCCUGGAAAAUCAUUCCCAGCGUGGUCACUGUUCCAUGUGGUGGCUUUGGAGGUGCUGCUGUGGUGGGAAACACUCCCCAGCCUUCUCCUUCCAGCAGCAGAGCUGUGUCACCAUUCUGAGCACAUCCUCAGCCCCGGAGAGCACCCAAAAAAGCAGAUUAUGGAGCAGCGGUGUCAGAGGAGAUGGAAUUGCAGCACGGCUCUGGGACGAGCGUCUCGAUGAUUCUCACAAUCUCACACCGAGCGUAAACGACUUGGACGCUUUGCUGGCACCCAGAAUGAUGGGAGGAUAAUGAGAAAAUGCAAUUACCAAACAAAUUUGGGGCGUGAUAGCUCUGCUUUUACUGAGGAUGAGAACAGGGAGUUGUUGUAGGAAGCCCUGAGAGAGGGAUGCAGGGGGCUGACGGAGGGGAGAUCUCUGCCCCAAGGGGCUGCCAAGGUUUCCAAAGUGCAGAAAUGGAUCUGUCCCAUCCCAGGAGUGUCCAAGGCCACGUUGGAUGGGCUUGGAACAAGCUGGGAUAAUGGAAAGUGGGAGAGGGUGGAUUUGAUAGGAUCACUUCAUUCUGGUCUCUUGAGUGGGAGAACAGAAAGUGAAUUCAGCCCUUCACACUCCAAGGUGGCAGGACAGAUCUUUAAAAUGCAGAGGUUUAACAUUCAUUGUUUAGAAGAAGGAAAAAAAAUUGACAUUUUCAUCUUGAAGCUUUUUCCUGCCUGUGCUUGGCUCGUGAGGAGCUGAAAUGUGUUAUUGUGGAAGGGAUGGAGCGGGAGAAGCCGCCCCCGUGUCCCUGGAAUGUGCCCAUUGUCUCUUUUAGGAGAGCCAAGCUCUGCCUGCAGCCCCUGAAGCUUUUGUUUGAUGGAUUCCCAAAAGGAGCUGAGAGCUCGUUCCCGCUGUAACGCUGAAUUCUGAGCCCUGAGGGAGCCAGCAGGAGUUCAACUCACCGAGGAUUUGGAGUUUGGAUCCAUGACAAUUCCCUGGAGCGCCCCAGCUCACCUCUGCCUGCCCUCGGGUUUGGGAUGGAUCAGCCUCAGCUCUGCGGCUCCUUCCCUCCCUGGCUCUGCCCGGCCUCUCUCAGGGGCUUUUACAGAGCCAUGGAACCAACAGAGCCAUGGAACCAUGGAAUUACAGAGCCAUGGAAUUACAGAGCCAUGGAAUUACAGAGCCAUGGAAUUACAGAGCCAUGGAAUCCCAGAGCCAUGGAACCAUGGAAUUACAGAGCCAUGGAACCACGAAACCACAGAGCCAUGGAAUCCCAGAGCCAUGGAAUCAUGGAGUCACAGAUCCACAGAAUCACAAAACCACAGACCCACAGAGUCACAGAACCACAGAAUGACCAGGUUGGAAGAGACCUCCAAGAUCAUCGAGUCCCACCCAGCCCAAGCACCACCACCUCAAGCAGCCCAUGGCACCGAGUGCCACACCCAGUCUUGUUUUAACCACAGCCAGGGCUGGUGGCUCCACCACUGCCCAGGAGGGCCAUUCCAGUCCUUUAUCCCCCUUUCAGGGAUGUCCAGGCUGGCAGAGCCAUUCCCCAGGGCUGGCACCGACCCUCUGUGCCCUGAACUGCCCCCAGCUCUGCUCCAGCACAGGGGGCACAGCCAGCUCAGGAAUUCUGUCCUUGCUCUAAAAGCUCUGCCAGCCCCGGUUGUGCUGGGGAUACAGGGUGUGCUCCCAGCCCUGGGAAUGCUGUCCAUGCUCAGGGAGCUGGGAAUGGGCUGGAGCUGCAGCCUCCAGCAGGGAGGGAGCUCCUCCAGGCACCUCCUUUUGGGAUCUUUUCCUGCUCAGGCCGGGCAGUGUUUGCAGUCCUGUUUGCCCAGGGAGGGUUGCAGUGCCCAUCCCAGAGAUGCCCAAGGAAUUCCUGGAGGUGGCACUCAGUGGAUGGGCACAGCUCGGAUCCUGGAGCUGUUUUCCAAGCUGAAUGAUCCUGGGAUUCCAGGAUUCUGUGGCAGCUGUGUACCUGAGCAGACCUCAUUAACUUCAGAUCAAAUGCAACACAAUUUCAUGCCCUGAAAUGGUAAUUUUCAAAACA